UCCAUAUACAAAGCCCUAUAUCAUGUACACCGGUCUUAAAUUAUUAAGGAGAAUAUUUGACGACGAAAAGGAUCGCAUUCAGUCGCGUCGCGGACCGAGAGCGUGGGCAAGACUUACGCACCAUUCCGGCAAUAAAAGGCUAAUCUUUCAAUAGAAAUAAAUAAUAUACCUACAGUCGUAUUUCCUUUAACCGCGCCGCCGUGACGGUGGACGUCGGGGCAUUCUAUUUUCAAAAUAAAACCGCGAAAGUUUCGAAUCGGUCACAACGCAAAUGGCUUUUCUGGUAAUCAGCGUCGAAUUGAUUUAUAGUGUUUUAUAUAAAGAGUUUUUAAUGCGUAAUUGACGAAUUCUUUUUUUGAAAUUAAAACAGUCACAGUGGAUCCGUUCGUAAAGAGGAAGAUGAAAAUUUUUAAGAAAAAGUUACGUUUCUCGAUAGUCUAUAGCUACGUGUGAACUUUGCGACCCGUAGUUAUUAAUUUUGUUAAUAUAUUUUCCUUAAGAAAUUCACAUAUCAACAGUGACUACCACACAACGAUUGAUAAGAAUUCAGCACAAUGCAUCAAAAGAGCGUUUACAACAUCGUCUGGCUCCUGGCUUUGGCUAUUACAGCUUAUGCUAAGGGAAUCAAUGUUCAAGCAGAAUUUGAAACUACGACACAGUUUGAAAUAGAACCAGUGACAACAGAACAAAUACAAGCAGAUGAUUUGCUUUACAAUGAUGAGAAAAUUCGUAAUAAUGAUACAGCAAUAGAAUUAAAAGGUGACAGAUUCAAUGAUAGCACAGAAUCAUCAAACGUCAAAUUUAUCGAUAAUACUGAACAAGUUAAGAAACCUGAAAGUGCGUCUAAAGUAAUGCUGCCAUCAGUAUUAAAUAUUUCAAACAAUAAUUAUAAAUAUCAAACGAAAACAAGACAGGAACGAAUUGAAAAAGAAACAACCGUUGACAAUAUUGAAAAAAUGAAACUUUUGGAUCAGAGAAUUCAAAAGAAGAAUGAUAUACGAGCUCAUGUGCAAUACGAUGAAGUGACAGGCGAAUUGGUUGGAGGAGAUCAUCCGUGUCAUCGUGAGUGUAUGGAAGGAGAAGAGCCAAUGAUUUGUUACUAUCAUUUCAAUUUAGAAUGGUAUCAAACUAUGAGUAAAGCGUGCUACGAUUGUCCGUAUAAUGCAACUGACUGCAAGAGGUUGGAUUGCAUACCAGCUGAUGGUAUCAAUAGACCAUUGAAUGUUAUUAACAGAAAAAUGCCUGGGCCAGCUAUUGAGGUAUGCCAACACGAUAGAAUAAUAGUUGAUGUCGAAAAUGAUCUAAUGACGGAGGGAACAACUGUUCAUUGGCACGGACAACAUCAGCGCGGAACGCCUUAUAUGGAUGGUACGCCAUACGUCACUCAGUGCCCAAUUUUGCCGGAAUCUACUUUCAGGUAUCAAUUUAAUGCCACACACUCUGGCACCCAUUUCUGGCACUCGCAUUCUGGUAUGCAACGAGCUGACGGCGCCGCUGGUGCUCUUAUCAUAAGGAAACCAAAAUCUCAGGAUCCAUAUGGAGAUAUGUAUGACUAUGACAGAUCAGAACAUGUAAUGAUAGUAACGGACUGGAUCCAUGAACUCUCCGUGGGAAUGUUUACCGACCACCACCAUUCAAAAGGUGAUAAUAAACCACCCACUCUCCUCAUCAAUGGGGUCGGUCGCUUCAAGAUCUUCAACGAAACAGUCAAGCCCAUGUAUAUGCAAGCUGCAAGGUUUAACGUUGAACAGGGCUACAAGUACCGUUUCCGGGUGAUCAACGCUGAGUUCCUUAACUGCCCUAUUGAGAUGUCAGUGGACGGACAUAACAUCACUGUAAUCGCUUCAGAUGGCUACGAACUGGAAGCUAUUACUGCCACAUCCCUUGUGACGUACGCCGGUGAGCGCUACGACUUUAUAUUGGAAGCAAAUAAUGAAAUAGACAACUAUUGGAUUCGCUUUAGAGGACUCAUGGACUGCGAUGAAAGAUUCACAAAAGCGAAACAAGUUGCUGUUUUGCAUUACGAAGGCGCCAUGGAGUCUGAACCGACUGGUGACCCUACGUGGGAAGAGUUACACAAUGAAGGACUUCAAUUAAACGCAUUGAAUAAAGGCGAAGAAGAAGACGAGACAAUAAGCGUCGCUGAAAUGAAGUCUCUCCAGGGAUACGACGACAGUUUGAAAGAAAUAGCCGACUAUCAGUUUUACGUGGCUUACGAUUUCUACGCAAAGAACAAUUCACAUUUCCAUCGGUCUCCCUAUUACGGGUAUUACCAAGUUCCGCAUGCAGACAACCGUCUUUACACGCCACAAUUAAACCACAUCAGUAUGAAAAUGCCUUCAAGUCCUCUUCUCAUAGCUCGUCCCUCGGCAGAUAACUUUUGUAACGCAUCCAGUAUAGACGAAUCCUGCAAAGAUGGCUACUGCGAAUGUUCUCAUGUAUUAUCUGUAAGAAAGAAUUCUGUAGUUGAAGUUAUUAUAGUCGAUGAAGGCGUAACAUUUGACGCAAACCAUCCGUUCCAUCUACAUGGUCAUAAUUUCAGAGUAGUUGGUAUGAGACGAUUAGCUAACGAUACAACAAUAGAUCAAGUCAAAGCAUUCGAUGAAGCAGGUCUACUUAAAAGAAAUCUGAAAAAUGCUCCACUCAAAGAUACAGUUACCGUACCCGAUGGCGGUUACACAGUUAUAAGAUUCAAAGCUGAUAAUCCAGGUUACUGGUUGUUCCAUUGUCAUAUAGAAUUUCACGUAGAAAUUGGUAUGGCUUUGGUGUUUAAGGUCGGUGAAGAUAGGGAUAUGCCUCCAGUUCCAAGCGAUUUUCCCACCUGUGGUAAUUACAUGCCAGAUAAUAUGAUAGAACGUGAAACGACACCUAAACCGAAUCCCACUGAAGGCCAGUUUAUAUCAAUUAGUCAUUGGUGGCCCGUAGUCUAUGUUAAUAACACAACAUCUUCAGCAGUUGUAAUAAAAUCACCUGCUUUCUUUGUUCUAUGGCUUGUUUGUUUGAUUAAUUUUGUAAUUGGAACGUAAUGUAAUGUAGGUAACGCUUAAUUUAAUUUCAAUGAAUUAGUAAGUACUGAAAAUCUUUUAGUUUGCUAUAAAUAAUUUUAUAACGAGAUUUUUUUAUUUUUAAAUUAUUGAAGAUUUUUAAUACCAAGUAUUCAAAUACGAAUUUGUACUUAUCAUUUAAUGUGUUUUAUUAAUUUAUUUUUAAGAUUUUACGUGUAUUUAUUAUUUCACUCAGUUUUUUUUUAAUUUAUUUAUUGGACAGUACUUAUAUUUGUCUAUUUGUUUUAUUCAUCGUCAAAUUAAAUUCGAUAAUGUUUAACUAAUAUAAUAAUAAUAUUGUUACCAUUGCUUAAACAUUUUACUUGAUUUCUUAAAGUUAUUUAUUGACGUAGAGAUUAUUACGUAGUUUUAUAGUAAUGUGAUUAUAAUAUGUAGGUUUAUUCAUUGUAACCUUGCCAAAACUUAGAACACUUUUCGAAAGUGUUCUUUUUGUAUUACUAUAAAUAUGUUUGACGUCGCUGGUGAUAUGUGAUAUUACUUAGUUAAGUUAGUUCUAAGAUUUGUACUAAACCUAUUGUAAAAGUGAAUUAGUAAAUAGUAUCAUGCAAAAUAUAAAAUUUGAACAUACAAA